ACAUAUCUUAUCAAAUUGAAGAAUUCGAUCUGUAUAUCUCAUCUUCGGGCAGAUCCAGCCAUGGAUUUCAUGAAGGUUUUUGAUCAAACUGUCCGUGAAAUAAAGAGGGAGGUGAAUCUGAAGGUGUUGAAGGUUCCAGAGAUAGAACAAAAGGUUCUGGAUGCUACGGAUGAUGAACCUUGGGGUCCUCAUGGCACAGUGUUGUCAGAAAUAGCACAAGCUACAAAGAAAUUCACCGAAUGUCAGAUGGUAAUGAAUGUCCUCUGGACAAGAUUGACUGAGACUGGCAAGAAUUGGCGUUUUGUCUACAAGUCGUUGACCGUCAUAGAGUAUCUGGUGGGACAUGGAUCAGAACGUGCUGUUGAUGACAUAAUAGAACAUACAUUUAAGAUUUCUUCUCUGGCAAGUUUUGAGUAUGUGGAGCCAAGUGGAAAGGAUGUCGGGAUCAAUGUGAGAAAAAAAGCGGAAGCUAUCGUGGCUCUUUUGAAUAAUAAAGAAAAAAUGAAGGAAGUCAGGAAUAAAGCUGCUGCGAAUCGUGAUAAUUGUUCUGAAACUAUGAAAUGCCUUGUUGACCAGGGUGAUUUUAUGAAGAGUGUGAUUGUCUCCUACUCUCCUAUACUUUCUUCUCUUAAGCCAUUUGUUCUGUCUGGCAGAACUUUAAGUGCACGGAAAUGGCAUGCUACUUUCUCUCCUGAAGGUUAUCUAGAUAUUGGAAAAAUUCUCAAUCGAGUCCAGCGUGGGAUUACUUUCAUGAGGAAGAAGGAUUUCAGGAAAGAGCAACUAGUUCUUGAGGACUUAGUGCUAGAAUACAUAGUAUGA